UUCAGGCUUACACACCUUACGGACUUUAAAUACGAGAUCGUCGCUUAGACUGGACAUACAUUUAAAUGCUGCGUUGCGCAGAGACAACAGUCAGGACAGACUGCAAAGAAGGACAUAUCCACAGCUGGCGAGACUCCGUCAGGAAAUCGAAGGACACUGAUUUUUAAGACUACCACAAACAUUUGUUUUUUUUGCCCCGCUGGACUUAAAAAAAUUAAAAUGUCAAAUGUCCAGCUUUCUAGCACUACCCUGGAUCGUCUCGUUGCACGGAGGACCUUCCAUCUCCAUGCCCGUACCAGUGUUUGCAGGAAUCUAUUCGGGCCGGUGGACCACGACGAGUUAAACAGUGAAAUGAAAUCUAAACUCCGGGAGCUCUCAGACCGGGACAAGCGCAGGUGGAACUUUAAUUUUGAGACCGAUACACCUUUGUCUGGAGAAUACAAGUGGGAGGAAAUCCCGAUGAAUGCAACGCCUGUCUUCUACCGGGAAUCGCAAACUGGGAAAGCGGGGAAUACUGUGUCAGUAAAGGGAAAAGAGUUUUUGGACGUGAUUCAGAAUAACUGCGCCUCACUUGAUGUGCUUCACUCCCCUGUGGUGGACCGCUUGUGCAGUUCCGAAGUCACCCUACCCAUACCCAGUGAAGUAAACCAAGAAAAUUGCUCGGAUAAAAUCAGCUCAGAAAAAAAUAAAUAUAAAGCCGUCUCUUUCAAAAGAACGUUAUCUGCCAUUAUGGAAACUCGUGCCACGGCACGUAUGACAGAUUAUUACGCUAUAAAGAGAAGAAUGACUGAUGUGAAGCCAAACGGACACUCCUCGCCGCAUUCAGCUCAAGCAAUUCCCGUUGAACUGACGCCACGCAAAAGGAUUCGUUAAUUGUGCAUACAGUGCCAGUUUUGUUCUAGUUACCUUCAUUGGACAGUGUUUAACUGUGCAAUUGUAUUUUCAUUUGAAUGUUUACACUGGCAAAAAUGUACAUAUAAAUCAGUAUAUUGUCGGUUUGUGUCUAAUAACUUAUCUAAAUGUAUAUAGGUUUUAUGUACAGGUUAUUUUUAAAGUAAGUUUUAACUUAUAUUAUUUAUGUUGCAACAUAUUUGCAAAUACGUGUUAUAGCCAAAGUUUUAUACUUUUUUGUAAUUGGUAACAAUGUAGCUGUCAUUUGAGUUUUGCUUUUGAGCCGUUUGAUAUGUCGAUGCCCAUUUACCACAUAUGUAAAGCGAUAUUUUGUUUAA